GCUGUGGACUAUAUAACAGGUGAUCUCAUGCUAAUCAACAGCCUGGACUACGAGAGGACCCAGUCCUAUGUCCUACUGUUGUUGGCCUACGACGAGGACCCUGUCAAGGUCCUGAGCAGCACCUCGACCCUGACCAUAACAGUGCAGGACUAUAACGAUAACGCACCGAACUGCAGUUCCUACAACAUCAUCCGUGACGUAGAAGAGGUCACUGCCCUCAACACGGUGCUAGAAACAAUCGUCUGCUCUGACGUCGAUACCAUCAACAAAAGUGGGGUCGUCAAUUAUAAAAUCAUUGCAGGUACACUUCACUAG